AUUUAUUUUCGGAUGACAUUUUCGUAAUUUUUUGGGCGACGAAAGGUCAUUUUCUUUGGAUACUGAAUGUUACAGAUCACAUAUUCAGCCCGAGGAUAUUCUUCAACGAUGAUUAAAUCCAUUAAACACAGCUUUGGUCGUAUUUAUUCCAUGUCAAUUUUUGGCAGAUUCCAAAGGGGUACCAUUACAAAUUUCGGGCAAUUUUUGUAAAUGCCAUUUUCUUUCAAUUCAGGAGGCUACACAUUACGGAAUCAGGCCGAGCCUACUCUCCACCGAUAAUGAAGUCUAUUGAUCCUAUUCUCCAGGGAUGAUAAGCAAAUUAAGCACCGAUUUGAGCCAAUUUAUUUACGGAUGGCAUUUUCGUUAUUUUUUGGGCGACGAAAUGUCGUUUUCUUUGCAUAUUGAAGGCAACAGAUCACGGAUUCGGCUGAGGCUAUUUUUCAAUGAUGAUUAAGUCCAUUAAACACCGAUUUGUGCGGAUUUAUUCCGGGUCAAUUUUUGGCAGAUUCCAAAGGGGUACCAUCACAGAUUUCAGACGAUUUUUCCGAAAUGCCAUUUUCUUUCGAUUCUGGAGGCUACAGAUCACGGAAUCAGGCCGAGGCUAUUCUCCAGCGAUAAUGAAGUCUAUUCAUCCUAUUCUCCAGGGAUAAUAUGUCCAUUAAGCACCGAUUUGGGCCAAUUUGUUUUCGGAUGGCAUUUUCGUUAUUUUUGUGCAACGAAAUGUCAUUUUCUUUGGAUAUUGAAGGCUACAGAUCACGGAUUCGGCCUGAGGCUAUUCUUCAACGAUGAUUAAAUCCAUUAAGCACUAAUUUGGGCGGAUUUAUUCCGGGUCAAUUUUUUGCAAAUUCCAAAGGGGUACCAUCACAUAUUUCGUGCGAUUUUUCUGAAAUGCCAUUUUCUUUCGAUUAUGGAGGCUACAGAUCACCAAAUCAGGCCGAGGCUAUUCUCCACCAAUAAUGAAGUCAACUGAUCCUAUUCUUCAGGGAUGUUAAGCCCAUUAAGCGCCGAUUUGGGCCAAUAUAUUUUUGGAUGGCAUUUUCGUAAUUUUUUGGACGACAAAUGGCCAUUUUUUUGGAAAUUGAAGGCAACAGAUCACGGAUUCGGCCUGAGGCUCUUCUUCAACAAUGAUUAUGUCCAUUUAGCACCGAUUUUGGAGGAUUUAUUCCGGGGUAAUUUUGGCAGAUUCCAAAGGAGUACCAUCACAGAUUUUGGACGUUUUUCCGAAAUGUCAUUUUCUUUAGAUUCCGGAAGCUACAAAUCACUGAAUGAGGCCGAGGCUAUUCUCCACCGAUAAUGAAGUCUAUUCAUCCUAUUAUCCAGGGAUGAUAAACCCAUUAAGCACCGAUUUGGGCCAAUUUGUUUUUGGAUGGCAUUUUCGUAAUUUUUCGGCGAUGAAAUUCCAUUUUCUUUGGAUAUUGGAGGCUUCAAAUCAUGGAUUCAGCCUGAGGCUAUUCUUCAACGAUGAUUAAGUCCAUUUAGCACCGAUUUGGGUGAAUUUAUUUUGGGUCAAUUUUUGGAAGAUUCCAAAAGUGUAGCAUCACAUGUUUCGUGCUUUUUUCCGAAAUGCCAUUUUCUUUCGAUUCUGGAGGCUACACAUCACGGAAUAAGGUCGAGGUUAUUCUCCACCGAUAUUGAAGUCUAUUGAUCAUAUUCUCCAGUGAUGAUAACCCCAUGAAGCAGCGAUUUGGGCCAAUUUGUUUUCGGAUUGCAUUUUCGUAAUUUUUUGGCGACGAAAUGUCAUUUUCUUUGGAUAUUGAAGCUACAGAUCACGGAUUCGACCUGAGGCUAUUCUUCAACGAUGAUUAAGUCCAUCAAGCACCGAUUUGGGCGGAUUUAUUCCGGGUCAAUUUUUGGCAGAUUCCAAAGGGGUACCAUCACACAUUACGAGCGAUUUUUCCGAAAUGCCAUUUACUUUCGUUUCUGGAGGCUACACAUCACGGAAUCAGGCCGAGGCUAUUCUCCACAGAUAAUGAAGUCUAUUCAUCCUAUUCUCGAGGGAUGAUAAGACCAUUAAGCACCGAUUUGGGCCAACUAAUAUUCGGAUGGCAUUUUCGUAAAUUUUUGGGUGACGAAAGACAAUUUUCUUUGGACAUUGAAGGAUACAGAUCACGGAUUCGGCCUGAGGCUAUUCUUCAACGAUGAUUAAGUCCAUUAAGCACCGAUUUGGGCGGAUUUAUUCCGGGUCAAUUUUUGGCAGAUUCCAAAGGGGUACCAUCACAGAUUUCGGGCGAUUUUUCUGAAAUUCAAUUUUCUUUCGAUUCUGGAGGAUACACAUCACGGAAUCAUGCCGAGGCUAUUCUCCACCGAUAAUGAAGUCUAUUGAUCAUAUUUCCACGGAUAAUAAGCAAAUUAAGCACCGAUUUGAGCCAAUUUAUUUUCGUAUGGCAUUUUCGUAAUUUUUUGGGAGACGAAAGUCCAUUUUCUUUGGAUAUUGAAGGCUACAGAUCACGGAUUCGGCAUGAUGCUACUCUUCAACGAUGAUUAAGUCCAUUAAGCACCGAUUUGGGCGGAUUUAUUCCGGUUGGCAGAUUCCAAAGGGGUACCAUCACAAAUUUUAGGCGAUUUUUCCGAAAUGCAAUUUUCUUUCGAUUCUGGAGGCGACAGAUCACGGAAUCCGGUCGAGGCUAUUCUCCACCUAUAAUGAAGUCUAUUCAUCCUAUUCUCCAGGGAUGAUAAGCCAUUAAGCACCGAUUUGGGCCAAUUUGUUUUCGGAUGACAUUUUCGUAAUUUUUGGCCGACGAAAUGCCAUUUUCUUUGGAUAUUGAAGGCUACAGAUCACGGAUUCGGCCUGAGGCUAUUCUUCAACGAUUAUUAAGUUCAUUAAGCACCGAUUUGGGUGGAUUUAGUCCGGCUCAAUUUUUGGCAGAUUCCAAAGGGGUACCAUCACACGUUUCGGGCGAUUUUUCCGAAAUACCAUUUUCUUUCGAUUCUGUAGGCUACACAUCACGGAAUCAGGCGGAGGCUAUUCUCCACUGAUAAUGAAGUCUAUCGAUCCUAUUCUCCAGGGUUGAUAAGCAAAUUAAGCACUGAUUUGAGGCAAUUUAUUUUCGGAUGGCAUUUUCGUAAUUUUUUGGGAGACGAAAGGUCAUUUUCUUUGGAUAUUGAAGGCUACAGAUCACGGAUUCGUCCUGAGGCUAUUCUUCAACGAUGAUUAAGUCCAUUAAGCACCGAUUUGUGCGGAUUUAUUCCAGGGUCAAUUUUUGGCAGAUUCGAAAUGGGUACCAUCACAGAUUUCGGGCGAUUUUUGUUAAAUGUCAUUUUCUUUCGAUUCUGAAGAUUACACAUCACGGAAUCAGGCCGAGGCUAUUCUCCACCGAUAAUGAAGGCUAUUGAUCCUAUUCUCCAGGGAUGAUAAGCAAAUUAAGGACCGAUUUGAGCCAAUUUAUUUGCAGAUGACAUUUUCGUAAUUUUUUUGGCGACGAAAGACCAUUUUCUUUGGAUAUUGAUGGCUACAGAUCACGGAUUUGGCCUGAGGCUAUUCUUCAACGAUGAUUAAGUCCAUUAAGCACCAAUUUGGGAGGAUUUAUUCCGGGUCAAUUUUUGGCAGAUUCCAAAAGGUCACCGAUUUCGGCCGAUUUUUCUGAAAUGUCAUUUUCUUUCGAUUCUGGAAGCUACAUAUCACGGAAUCAUGCCGAGGCUAUUCUCCAGCGAUAAUGAAAUCUAUUCAUCCUAUUCUCCACCCAUUAAGCACCGAUUUGGGCCAAUUUGUUUUCGGAUGACAUUUUCGUGAUUUUUGGGCGACGAAAUGCCAUUUUCAUUGGAUAUUGAAGGCUACAGAUCACAGAUUCGGCCUGAGGCUAUUCUUCAACGAUGAUUAAGUCCAUUUAGCACCAAUUUGGGUGGAUUUAUUCUGUGUCAAUUAUUGGCAGAUUCCAAAGGGGUACCAUCACACAUUUCAGGCCAUUUUUCUGAAAUGUCAUUUUCUUUCGAUUCUGGAGGCUACAGAUCACGAAAUCAAGCCGAAACUAUUCAGAACAGAUAAUGAAGUCUAUUCAUCCUAUUCUCGAGGGAUCAUAAGACCAUUAAGCACCGAUUCGGGCCAACUUAUUUUCGGAUGGCAUUUUCGUAAUUUUUUGGGUGACGAAAGACCAUUUUCAUUGGAUAUUGAAGGAUACAGAUCAUGGAUUCGGCUUGAGGCUAUUCUUCAACGAUGAUUAAGUCCAUUAAGCCCCGAUUUGGGCGGACUUAUUCCGGGUCAAUUUUUGGCAGAUUCCCAAAUGGGUACCAUCACACAUUUCGGGCGAUUUUUCGUAAAUGCCAUUUUCUUUCCAUUCUGGAGGCGACACAUCACGGAAUCAGCCCGAGGCUAUUCUCCACCGAUAAUGAAUUCUAUUGAUCCUAUUAUCCAGUGAUGAUAAGCAAAUUAAGCACUGAUUUGGGCCAAUUUAUUUUUGGAUGGCAUUUUCGUAAUUUUUUGGGAGACGAAAGGCCAUUUUCUUUGGAUAUUGAAGGCUACAGAUCACGGAUUCGGACUGAGGCUAUUUUCAACGAUGAUUAAGACCAUUAACCACCGAUUUGUGCGGAUUUAUUCCGGGUCAAUUUUUGGUAUAUUCCAAAGGGGUACCAUCACAGAUUUCAGGCGAUUUUUCUGAAAUGUCAUUUUCUUUCGAUUAUGGAGGCUACAGAUCACGGAAUCAGGCCGAGGCUAUUCUCCACCGAUAAUGAAGUCUAUUCAUCCUAUUUUCCAGGGAUGAUAAGCCCAUUAAGCACCGAUUUGGUCCAAUUUGUUUUCGGAUGGCAUUUUCGUAAUUUUUGUGUGAUGAAAUGCCAUUUUCUUUGGAUAUUGAAGGCUACAGAUCACGGAUUCGGCCUGAGGCUAUUCUUCAACGAUGAUUAAGUCCAUUAAGCACCGAUUUGGGCGGAUUUAUUCCGGGUCAAUUUUUGGGAGAUUCCAAAGGGGUACCAUCACAGAUCUCAGGCGAUUUUUUGGAAAUGCCAUAUUCUUUUUAUUCUGGAGGCUACAAAUCACGGAAUCAGGCCGAGGCUAUUCGCCACCUAUAAUGAAGUCUAUUUAUCCUAUUCUCCAGGGAUGAUAACCCCAUGAAGCACCGAUUUGGGCCAAUUUGUUCUCGGCUGGCAUUUUUGUAAUUGGGCUACGAAAUGCCAUUCUCUUUGGAUAUUGAAGGCUACAGAUCACGGAUUCGGCCUGAGGCUAUUCAUCAACGAUGAUUAAGUCCAUUUAGCACCGAUUUGGGUGGAUUUAUUCCGGGUCAAUUUUGGAAGAUUCCAAAGGGGUACCAUCACAGAUUUCGGGCGAUUUUUCCGAAAUGGCAUUUUCUUUCGAUUUUGGUGGCUACAGAUCACGGAAUCAGGCCGAGGCUAUUCUCCACCAAUAAUGAAGUCUAUUCAUCCUAUUCGCCAGGGAUGAUAAGCCCAUUAAGCACCGAUUUGGGCCAAUUUGUUUUCGGAUGGCAUUUUCGUUAGUUUUGUGCAACGAAAUACCAUUUUCUUUGGAUAUUGAAGGCUACUGAUCACGGAUUCGGCCUGAGCCUAUUCUUCAACGAUGAUUAAGUCCAUUAAGCACCAAUUUGGGAGGAUUUAUUCUGGGUCAAUUUUUGGCAGAUUCCAAAGGGGUACCAUCACAGAUUUCGGGAGAUUUUUCUUAAAUGCCAUUUCCUUUCGAUUCUGGAGGCUAUAGAUCAUGGAAUCAGGGCGAGGCUAUUCUCCAGCGAUAAUGAAGUCUAUUCAUCCUAUUCUCCAGGGAUAAUAUGCCCAUUAAGCACCGAUUUGGGCCAAUUUGUUUUCGGAUGGCAUUUUCGUUAUUUUUGUGCAACGAAAUGCCAUCUUCUUUGGAUAUUGAAGGCUACAGAUCACGGAUUCGGCCUGAGGCUAUUCUUCAAUGAUGAUUAAAUCCAUUAAGCACUAAUUUGGGCGGAUUUAUUCCGGGUCAAUUUUUUGCAAAUUCCAAAUGGGUACCAUCAAAGAUUUCGGGCGAUUUUUCUGAAAUGCCAUUUUCUUUCGAUUAUGGAGGCUACAGAUCACGGAAUCAGGCCGAGGCUAUUCUCCACCAAUAAUGAAGUCAAAUGAUCCUAUUCUCUAGGGAUGUUAAGCCCAUUAAGCACCGAUUUGGGCCAAUAUAUUUUCGGAUGGCAUUUUCGUAAUUUUUUGGACGACAAAAGGCCAUUUUUUUUUGGAAAUUGAAGGCAACAGAUCACGGAUUCGGCCUGAGGCUAUUCUUCAACAAUGAUUAAGUCCAUUAAGCUUUGAUUUGGUCGGAUUUAUUCCGGGUCCAUUUUUGGCAGAUUCAAAAGAGGUACCAUCACAGAUUUCGGCGAUUUUUUCCGAAAUGUCAUUUGCUUUCGAAUCUGGAGGCUACAGAUCACGGAAUCAGGCCGAGGCUAUUCUCCAGCGAUAAUGAAGUCUAUUCAUCCUAUUCUCCAGGGAUAAUAUGCCCAUUAAGCACCGAUUUGCGCCAAUUUGUUUUCGGAUAGCAUUUUUGUUAUUUUUGUGCAACGAAAUGCCAUUUUCUUUGGAUAUUGAAGGCUACAGAUCACGGAUUCGGCCUGAGCCUAUUCUUCAACGAUGAUUAAGUCCAUUAAGCACCGAUUUGGGCGGAUUUAUUCCGGGUCAAUUUUUGGCAGAUUCCAAAGGGGUACCAUCACAGAUUUCGGGAGAUUUUUCUUAAAUGCAAUUUCCUUUCGAUUCUGGAGGCUACAGAUCAAGGAAUCAGGCCGAUGCUAUUCUCCGCCGAUAAUGAAGUUAAUUGAUCCUAUUCUCCAGGGAAGAUAAGCACAUUAAGCACCAAUUUGGGCCAAUAUAUUUUCGGAUGGCAUUUUCGUAAUUUUUGGGCGACGAAAGGCCAUUUUCUUUGGAUAUUGAAAGCUGCAUAUCACUUAUUUGGUCUGAGGCAAUUCUUCAACGAUGAUUAAGUCUAUUAAGCACCGAUUUGGGCGGAUUUAUUCUGUGUCAAUUUUUGACUGAUUCCAAAGGGGUACCAUCACAGAUUUCGGGCGAAUUUUCCGAAAUGCCAUUUUCUUUUGAUUCUGGAGGCUACAGAUAACAGAAUCAGACCGAGGCUAUUCUCCACAUAUGAUGAAGUCUAUUCAUCUUAUUCUCCAGGGAUGAUAAGCCCAUUAAGCCCCUAUUUGGGCCAAUUUAUUUUCGAAAGGUAUUUUCGUAAUUUUUGGGCGACGGAAUGCCAUUUUCUUUGGAUAUUGAAGGCUAUCGAUCACGGAUUCGGUUUGAGGUUAAUUUUCAACGAUGAUUAAAUCCAUUAAGCACUGAUUUGCGCGGAUUUAUUCUGGGUCAAUUUUUUGCAGAUUCCAAAGGGGUACCAUCACAGAUUUCAGGCGAUUUUUGUGAAAUGCCAUUUUCUUUCGAUUAUGGAGGCUACAUAUCACGAAAUUAAGCCAAGGCUAUUCUCCACCGACAAUGAAGUCAACUGAUCCUAUUCUCGAGGGAUGAUAAGCCCAUUAAGCACCGAUUUGGGCCAAUUUAUUUUCGGAUGGCAUUUUCGUAAUUUUUUGGGCGAUGAAAGGCCAUUUUCUUUGGAUAUUGAAGGCUACAGAUCACGGAUUCGGCCUGAGGCUAUUCUUCAACGAUGAUUAAGUCCAUUAAGCACCAAUUUGUGCUGAUUUAUUCCGGAUCAUUUUUUGCCAGAUUCCAAAGGUGUACAAUCACAUAUUUCAGCCAAUUUUUUGGAAAUGCCAUUUUCUUUCGAUUCUGGAGGCUACAGAUCACGAAAUCAGGCCAAGGCUAUUCUCUACCGAUAAUGAAGUCUAUUGGUCCUAUUCUCUAGGGAUGAUAAACACAUUAAGCACCGAUUGGGGCCAAUUUAUUUUUGGAUGACAUUUUCGUAAUUUUUUGGGUGAUGAAAGGCCAUGUUCUUUGGAUAUUGAAGACUACAGAUCACGGAUUCGGCCUGAGGCUAUUCUUCAACGAUGAUUAUUUACAUUAAGCACCGAUUUGGGCGGAUUUAUUCUGGGUCAAUUUUUGGCAGAUUCCAAAGGGGUAACAUCACAGAUUUCGGGCGAUUUUUCCGAAAUGCCAUUUUCUUCUUAUUCUGGAUGAGACAGAUCAUGGAAUCAGGCUGAUGUUAUUAUCCACUGAUAAUGAAGUCUAUUCUCCACUGAUAAUGAAAUCUAUUGAUCCUAUUCUCCAGGGAUGUUCAGCCCAUUAAGCACCGAUUGGGGCCAAUUUGUUAUCGGAUGGCAUUUUCCUAAUUUUUGGGCGACGAAAUGCCAUUUUCUUUUGAUAUUGAAGGCUACAGAUUACGGAUUCGAUCUAAGGCUAUUCUUCAACAUGAUUAAAUCCAUUAAGCACUAAUUUGGGAGGAUUUAUUUCGGGUCAAAUUUUGACAGAUUCCAAAGGGAGUUCCAUCACAGAUUUUGGGCGAUUUUUCCGAAAUGCCAUUUUCUUUCGAUUCUGGAGGCUACAUAUCACGGAAUCAGACCGAGCCAAUUCUCCACCGAUAUUGAAGUCAAUUGAUCCUAUUCUCCAGGGAUGAUAAACCCAUUAAGCACCGAUUUGGGCCAAUAUAUUUUUCGGAUGGCAUUUUCGUAAUAUUUUGGGCGACGAAAGACCAUUUUCUUUGGAUAUUGAAGGCUACAGAUCACGGAUUCGGCCUGAGACUAUUCUUCAACGAUGAUUAAGUCCAUUAAGCACCGAUUUGGGCGUAUUUAUUCCGGGUCAAUUUUUGGCCGAUUCCAAAGGGGUACCAUCACAGAUUUCGGGCGAUUUUUCCGAAAUGUCAUUUUCUUUCGAUUCUGGAGGCUACAGAUCACGGAAUCAAUUAGUGGCUAUUCUUCCCCGAUAAUGAAGUCUAUUGGUCCUUUUCUCUAGGGAUGAUAAGCCCAUUAAGCACCGAUUUGGGCCAAUUUAUUUUCGGAUGGCAUUUUCGUAAAUUUUUGGUCAAUGAAAGGCCUUUUUCUUUGGAUAUUGAAGGUUACAGAUCACGGAUUCGGCCUGAGGCUAUUCUUCAACGAUGAUUAAGUCCAUUAAGCACCGAUUUGGGCGGAUUUAUUCCGGAUCAUUUUUUGGCAGAUUCCAAAGGGGUACCAUCACAGAUUUCGGGUGAUUUUUCCGAAAUCUAUUUUCUUUCGGUUCUAGAGGCUACAGAUCACGAAAUCAGGCCGAGGCUAUUCUCCACUGAUAAUGAAGUCUAUUGAUCCUAUUCUCCUGGGAUGAUAAGCCAAUUAAGCACACAUUUGGGCCAAUUUAUUUUUAGAUGGCAUUUUCGUAAUUUUUUGGGCGACGGAAGUCAAUUUUCAUUGGAUAAUGAAGGCUACAGAUCACGGAUUCGGCCUAAGCCUAUUCUUCAACGAUGAUUAAGUCCAUUAUUCACCAAUUUGGACGGAUUUAUUUUGGGUCAAUUUUUGGCAGAUUCCAAAGGGGUACCAUCACAGAUUUCAGCGAUUUUUCUGAAAUGCCAUUUUCUUUCGAUUCUGAAGGCUACAAAUCAUGGAAUCAGGCCGAGGCUAUUCUCCGCCGAUAAUGAAGUUGAUUGAUCCUAUUCUCCAGGGAUGAUAAGCCCAUUCAGCACCGAUUUGGGCCAAUUUAUUUUUGGAUGGCAUUUUCGUAAUUUUUUGGGCGACGAAAAGGCCAUUUUCUUUGGAUAUUGUAGGCUACAGAUCACGGAUUCGGCCUGAGGCUAUUCUUCAACGAUGAUUAAGUCCAUUAUGCACCAAUUUGGACAGAUUUAUUUCGGGUCAGUUUUUGACAGAUUCCAAAGGGGUACCAUCACAGAUUUCAACAAUUUUUCCGAAAUGCCAUUUUCUUUCGAUUCUGGAGGCUACAGAUCACGGAAUCAGGCCGAGGCUAAUCUCCACUGAUAAUGAAGUCUAUUGAUCUGAUUCUCCAGGGACAAUAUGCCCAUUUAGCACCGAUUUGGGCCAAUUUAUUUUCGGAUGACAUUUUCGUAAUUUUUUGGGCGACGAAAGGCCAUUUUCUUUGGAUAUUGUAGGCUAUAGAUCACGGAUUCGGCCUAAGCCUAUUCUUCAACGAUGAUUAAGUCCAUUAAGCAACGAUUUGGGCGGAUUUAUUCUCGAUCAAUUUUUGGCCGAUUCCAAAGGGGUACCAUCACAGAUUUUGGGCGAUUUUUCCGAAAUGUCAUUUUCUUUUGAUUCUGGAGGCUACAGAUCACGGAAUCAGGCCGAGGCUAUUCUCCACCGAUAAUGAAGUCAAUUGAUCCUAUUCUCCAGGGAUGAUAAGCCCAUUAAGCAUCGAUUUGUGCCAAUAUAUUUUCGGAUGGCAUUUUCGUAAUUUUUUGGGCGACGAAAGGCCAUUUUCUUUGGACAUUGAAGGCUACAGAUCACGAAUUCGGCCUAAGCCUAUUUUUCAACGAUGAUUAAGUCCAUUAAUCACUGAUUUGGGCGGAUUUGUUCCCGGUCAAUUUUUGGCCGAUUCCAAAGGGGUUCCAUCACAGAUUUUGGGCGAUUUUUCCGAAAUGUCAUGUUCUUUCGAUUCUGGAGGCUACAGAUCACGGAAUCAGGUCGAGGCUAUUCUCCACUGAUAAUAAAGACUAUUGAUCCUAUUCUCCAGGGACGAUAAGUCCAUUAAGCACCGAUUUGGGCCAAUUUAUUUUCGGAUAUCAUUUUCAUAAUUUUUUGGUGCACGAAAGGCCAUUUUCUUUGGAUAUUGAAGGCUACAGAUCACGGAUUUGGCCUAAGGCUAUUCUUCAACGAUGAUUAAGUCUAUUAAGCACCGGUUUGGGCGGAUUUAUUCCGGGUCAAUUUUUGGCAGAUUCCAAAGGGGUACCAUCACAGAUUUCGGGCGUUUUUCUGAAAUGUCAUUUUCUUUCGAUUUUGGUGGCUACAGCUCACAGAAUCUGGUCGCGGCUAUUCUCCACAUAUAAUGAAGUCUAUUGACCUAU